CACUGAACCAACCACAGCACAGAGUAGAGAGAGGAGAUGCUGAGGUGUAGUGAGGCAGCGGCCUUGUAUCAGCAUCCUUUAUCGCUGUAAUAUCUCCUUAUAUCCGGUACAGAAAAUCGGUGAGAGUAUUGUACACCACAUGCUGGCAGACUGUAAGGACAGAAAGACUCUGCUGAUCUCUGUGUUGCUGCACUUCUGCGACUGUAAUGGAUGCCACUGCUUAUUUACUGCAGGCCACCAGUGCCAAAAGACCAUCACUUGGAGCUGUGGCUCCUCGUAAGAAAGCCAGUCCUAAACCAGAACUGACAGAAGAAAUAAGGCAGGAGAUCCGAGAAGCCUUCGAGCUGUUCGACACAGAUGGCUCAGGCUACAUCGAGGUGAAGGAGCUCAAGGUUGCUAUGAGGGCUCUUGGAUUUGAGCCCAAAAAAGAGGAGAUCAAGAAAAUGAUUGCAGAUGUGGAUAAAGACGGGACUGGCAAGAUCUCGUUUGAUGACUUCCUGGCAAUCAUGAGCCAAAAGAUGGCUGAAAAGGACUCCAAAGAAGAAAUCUUAAAGGCCUUUCGACUGUUUGAUGAUGACGAAACUGGUAAGAUAUCAUUCCGCAACCUAAAGCGAGUUGCCAAAGAGCUUGGAGAGAACCUUACUGACGAAGAGCUUCAGGAGAUGAUUGAAGAAGCAGACCGAGAUGGUGAUGGAGAAGUGAGCCAGCAGGAAUUUCUUCGUAUCAUGAAAAAAACGUGUUUGUACUGAAUAAGCGGCAUAUUAGAAGCUAUUACAGACCAUGAGCAGUGGUUUGGUCUCAUCACAAAUCUCACACAUCAUUUGCACCGACACUAAAAUGCACAAUUUCAUACAAAAUGAUCAGGAAUGAUAAAUGAAAAAAUCCAUUAAAGAUGGUUAACACUACAGGGCAUUUGCUCCAAGACAUCUGGCUGCCAUUUAAGAGUGUGGUUUAUAAAGCUGAAUAAUGAUACUGAAUCCUUUGAGAAGUUUUAGGAGAAAAUAUAACAUUUAGUAAUGUGUCGAAGUUAAAAACGUGGGAAAUGGAAAUUUCACAAAUCUAACAAAUACAGUGUUGACUUCUGCAGCGAGUAUUAUGGCCUUUACAUAUUAAACUUUGACCUUAAUGUCAACCCAGCCUAAGGGUUUAUUUUUAACUUGUCUAUUUAGCCUCAGUGUGCUGCUUACUGCUCCCGAGGCCAGUUUUUCAAAGAGCGCUGUUAUGUGUAAUGUGUGCUGAACUUGCUCUGUGUCUGAAUUUUAAAGUGGGGAAUUGUUACCCCUGCCUGCUUUUGUCCAUAGUUCUGUACAGUGAUGUUAGGACUGUAUUUUUCUCUUUAUACAUAUUUCGUCUUUAUGCCUUCUCUUAUUAACUGCUUUUUGGUGUUUUGUACAAAUCAGUAUAAAUGUUUAAAACCUAAAUUAAAUGAAAUAUUAAGUUGUGUUUUUUGAUAAUCGCCUCUCGUGUUUUAGCAGAAAAACUAAGGAAUGCAAAUUAUAUAUUUUCAUUUUAAUAAUCAUUGGAGAUUCUUGUGUAUUUAAAAUGAUGAGAUCUGCCAAAAACAAAUUAAAGGAUUUGUAUAUGGAC